AUGAGUUUACAUAAAACCAACAUCGGAAACAAUUUGACAGAUACUAACAUUGAACGCUUCCAGAACUUGGUCUAUUCUGAAGAUCCCGAUAUUGUUUGUGUCAACGAAACGUGGCUUAAUGAGGAUAUUAAAAACUCUGAAAUUCUGCAUUCGGGAUAUGACAUAUUCAGGAACGAUCGCGGAUCUCGUGGUGGUGGAGUACUGUUAGCGAUAAGGAUUUCAUCAUUUAAAUCAGUGCGGGAAAUUCAACAUGGUCAUGAUUUGGAGAUCUCCAUGGCUGAAAUAACAACCACUUCAAAUGCAAGUUUAUUAAUUUGUUCUUGUUAUCGUCCACCAAACUCAGAUCAUAGCUGGUUGGACAAGUUCAAUAACUUUAUGAGUGAUGUUUGUUCACAACACUCAAACAUUGUGCUUGCAGGAGAUUUCAAUAUGCCACGUAUAUCAUGGGACUCGCCAGAGAAAACAUCAGGUAGUAACGAAAAUACCUUCGUAGAACUGCUCCAUGACCAUUUCUUGGAACAACUAAACACCGCACCUACUAGAGGUAAUAACACGUUAGAUCUCGUUCUUACCAAUAUUCCCAACAAAGUCAAAAUAUGUGAAAUUUUGUCUCCCACUCAAGCAGAACUUUUCACCGAUCACAACAUUAUUGUGUUUGAACUUUCAAUAUGUCAUAAUCAACUGCCAAAGAUACGCAGAACUGUCUAUAAUUAUCGUCAAGGUGAUUUUGCUGGCUUACAAACUUCCCUUGAAUGUCUAAAUCUGGAUUCCCUGAUUACAACCGACGACAAUAUCAACCACGACUGGCAACAAUGGAAGAAGGUGUUCCUAGAAGCAGUAUCCCAACACAUACCAUCAGUUAGAGUAAAGUGUCGCAACUAUGUUCCCUUGGAUGAAUUCUACAAUUCUACACAACAUCAAGAAGAAAAACUCUCUCUGCCUCAGAAUUAAGAAAUCCCCUACACCUACCGAAUAUCUCCUGGAAAAAUUCAAAACCCUUCGUAGUUACAUCAAGAGUAUGUUACAUAACAGUCGCUCCAAAUAUUUCAACUCUAUUUGUUCCAGCCUAAUCCCAAACGCUUCUGGUCCCUGUACAAGUUCAAUAAUAAGACACGGAACAUUCCUCAAAAGCUCUUGGUGAAAGUAACUGAAACCAAAAGAACAUCCGCAGGAAAUCCAGCAGAUAUUGCUGCGCUCUUCAACAACUACUUCACAUGUAUAUUUACCACCGAUCCAAAUAUCGAAAACUACAGCCCCGACGCUCUUGCAUAUCAGUCUAACAAUACUAUCAUCGAGGACAUUACCCUUUCGGAAGCCGAUGUUUCCUCCGUAUUGCAUAAUCUCGACAUUAAUAAAGCUCAAGGUCCAGAUGGGAUUCCUGCACGACUAUUAAAAGAAACAGCUCGCCAAAUUGCUCCAUCACUAACCGCCCUGUUUAAUAAAUCUCUGAACACUGGUGUGUUACCAUGCAACUGGAAACUAGCAAAUGUUGUUCCCGUCCACAAAAAAGACAACAAAGAGCACGUAGAAAACUAUCGACCAAUUUCGCUUCUUUCGCUUAUCUCGAAAGCAUUGGAAAGAUGCGUGUUUAAUAAGAUCAAAGACCACGUUUUCGAACAGAUUAACAACGGUCAACAUGGCUUUGUUCCUCGGAAGUCCUGUGUUACACAGCUCAUCGAAGUCCUCGAGUAUAUUGGUCGUGAGCUGGAUCUUGGGAAACAAGUUGAUGUGAUCUACUUGGAUAUGUCCAAGGCGUUUGAUCGAGUAAGUCACAUGCAACUGUUGAAACGACUUCGUGAUUUUGGAUUCGGUGGCAAUAUUCUUAACUGGUUUAGAUCUUACCUCAAGGACCGUCGGCAGCAGACUACAGUACUUGGUGCAACAUCAUCAGCACUACCAGUAACCUCCGGAGUUCCACAAGGCUCAAUCCUUGGACCGCUGCUGUUCCUAUUAUAUCAGAAUAAUCUCCCCAACUCCAUCAACCACUCGAAGAUCGCGACGUUUGCUGACGACACAAAGAUUUACAAGGUGAUAAACGCGAAGGCUGAUGCAUCCGCUAUGGAGAAUGAUCUUGCGAAUUUCCAAACCUCCUCUGCCAAUGCUAAUCUUCUCCUCAACACAGAUAAAUGUAAGACAACAAAAAAGACAACAAAGAGCACGUAGAAAACUAUCGACCAAUUUCGCUUCUUUCGCUUAUCUCGAAAGCAUUGGAAAGAUGCGUGUUUAAUAAGAUCAAAGACCACGUUUUCGAACAGAUUAACAACGGUCAACAUGGCUUUGUUCCUCGGAAGUCCUGUGUUACACAGCUCAUCGAAGUCCUCGAGUAUAUUGGUCGUGAGCUGGAUCUUGGGAAACAAGUUGAUGUGAUCUACUUGGAUAUGUCCAAGGCGUUUGAUCGAGUAAGUCACAUGCAACUGUUGAAACGACUUCGUGAUUUUGGAUUCGGUGGCAAUAUUCUUAACUGGUUUAGAUCUUACCUCAAGGACCGUCGGCAGCAGACUACAGUACUUGGUGCAACAUCAUCAGCACUACCAGUAACCUCCGGAGUUCCACAAGGCUCAAUCCUUGGACCGCUGCUGUUCCUAUUAUAUCAGAAUAAUCUCCCCAACUCCAUCAACCACUCGAAGAUCGCGACGUUUGCUGACGACACAAAGAUUUACAAGGUGAUAAACGCGAAGGCUGAUGCAUCCGCUAUGGAGAAUGAUCUUGCGAAUUUCCAAACCUCCUCUGCCAAUGCUAAUCUUCUCCUCAACACAGAUAAAUGUAAGACACUUCGAAUUACUAGAAAACGCAACAAAAUCGACCAUACUUUCAAGUUGCAAGAUUCCGCUCUGGAAACCAAAGAUUGCGAACGUGACCUUGGCGUCUGGACCUCCUCCACCCUCACAUGGUCGAAACAAGUCCUCCACCAGUGUGCCCAAGCCAACAAAUCCCUCGGGUAUAUUCGACGGUCCACGAUCAAAAUCAAGACCAUCUCUGUUCGUCGGACUCUAUAUCUUACCCUCGUUCGUUCCCACCUCGCAUACGCAUCCCAAGUUUGGGCUCCACAAACUGUUGACCUCAUUAAGC